GCAUUGGAGGGGAUUAAACAGACACCAAUCAGAAAAGUUUGCAUAUUUUUAUCAGAAAAAAAAACCAAUCUCUUUAAACAUAAAAUGAUUCUUGAUUAGAAUAUUGCCAUUUCAUCCUAUGCAAUUUUUUUUUUUCACUCAUCAAGAGGUGGUGUUUUAUAUUUAGGAAUAAAGUUUCAUAAACCAAUUAAGACUAUUAAUUGUAAAAUAUAAAAUAUGGUAACCGAUAAUAUAAAUUCUUUGAGGUUCGUUGGUCGCGUUGUAAUUGUUACUGGUGCUGGAGCAGGUUUAGGAAGAGCAUAUGCACUUUUAUUUGGAUCAAGAGGGGCUAGCGUCGUAGUUAAUGACCUCGGCGGUAGCAUUCAUGGAGAUGGAAAUAGUAAUAAAGUAGCAGAUGUCGUUGUUGAAGAGAUCAAAAGAAAUGGAGGUAAAGCUGUUGCUAAUUAUGAUAGUGUUUUGGAUGGCGAUAAGAUAGUAAAAACUGCAAUUGAUGCUUUUGGAAGGAUAGAUGUUGUUGUUAAUAAUGCUGGAAUUUUAAGAGAUAAAUCUUUUACAAAAAUGACAGAUACCGAUUGGAAUCUUAUUCAUGAUGUACAUUUAAAAGGUUCGAUGAAAACUACUAAAGCUGCGUGGCCGUACUUUCAUAAACAGAAUUAUGGUAGAGUAAUAUUAACUUCCAGUCAUAGUGGUCUUUACGGUAAUUUUGGACAAGCAAAUUAUAGUGCAGCCAAAAUGGGACUUGUUGGCUUUGCAAACACUUUGGCCAUCGAAGGAGGAAAAAAAAAUAUCUAUACAAAUGUAAUUAUACCAAUUGCUGGUUCUAGACUAACAGAAGAUAUUCUUCCUCCUGAUCUUUUUGAACAAUUGAAGCCAGAAUAUAUAGCUCCAGUAGUAGUAUGGUUAUGUCAUGAAGACUGUUUAGAAAAUGGUUCGAUUAUUGAUUCUGCUGCUGGUUGGGCUGGAAAAAGUCAAAUCGUUCGAUCGAAUGGCUGUGUAUUAAAGAAGACUCUUAGUGAUGAAGUAACUCCUGAAGCUGUCAGAGAAAAUUGGAUAAAUAUAACUGAUAUGUCUAAUCCUAAAACUUUUGACACAAUACAAGAAGUUACUGCUGAAAUAAUGACGAGCGUAGAAAAAUUAAAAGAUGGAAAUUCAGCCUCAAAUAAGGAUGUGAUACUAAGAACAAACUAUCAAUCCCGUGAUGCUAUUCUUUAUGCUCUUGGAGUUGGUGCUUCGAUAUCAAAACCAGAGGAUAUUCAGUAUUUAUACGAAAACCAUGAAAAUUUUUCACUUUUCCCAACGUUUUAUGUAACAUUUGGACCGAUAGGCUGUAUGUCCUCCAAUCUUUUGGAAGAUGGAAUUCCAGGGCUCCAAUUAGAUCCUUCAAAGAUACUUCAUGGUGAGGAAUAUUUGGAAAUCCAUAAAAAAUUGCCAACAGAAGGAAAAGUUGAAAGCCGAUUUAGAAUAGUAGAUGUAUUAAAUAAAGAAAAAGGAACUGUAAUUCUUGUGCAAUAUGAAACAUACGACUUAACAACUGGGGAUAAACUUGCAACUCAUCAAAUAUCAAUUUUUGUAAUUGGAUCUAAUGGAUUUGGAAAUACUCGUAAUUCACCUCAUGUCAUUCCAUGUAUUGAUCCUCCAAAACGAAAACCAUGCGCUUCUAUUACUGAAAAAACAAGUGCUGAUCAAGCAGCUCUUUACAGAUUGAAUGGAGAUUUGAAUCCACUUCACAUUGAUAAUAAUAUUGCAAAUAUGGCAGGAUUUUCUCAACCAAUUUUACAUGGUUUAUGCUUCUUGGGUUUCUCAGUACGUCAUGUUUUACAAACUUUUGCCGGAGGAGAUCCAGAUUUGUUAAAAUCAUUGAAGGUUAGAUUUGCAAAACCUGUUAUACCGGGACAAACACUUCGUACCGACAUGUGGCGUAAUGGUGAUAGAAUUCAUUUUCAAACUUCAGUUCUAGAAAACAAUUCAAAUGUGAUAACUGGUGCUUACAUUGAUUUAAAAGAAGUCAGACCAGUGCCAAUAAAGCCAAACUUAUGUUCUUCAAUAAGUUUAAAGAGUAAUGCAGUCUUUGAUCAAAUGGCUGAUUAUGUUAAAUCUCAUCCAGAUGAAGUUAAAAAAAUUAAUGGUGUAUUCCAUUAUAUUGUUACCCAAAAUGGAGAACCUCAAGUGGAUUGGACAUUGGAUUUAAAAAAAGCUGUUGUUUACAAAGGGAAACCAAAAGAAAAAGUUGAUACAACACUUACUAUUGAUGAUAAUGAUAUGGUCGAAUUGGCUCUUGGAAAGUUAAAUCCACAAAUUGCAUUUAUGAGAGGGAAAUUAAAGAUUAAGGGAAAUAUUAUGUUAACCCAGAAGUUAAAAACAUUAUUAAAUGUUAAUAAACCAAAAUUGUAAACAGAAACUUAACAGUUGUUUGGAAGUACGGGAUGUAUUAUAACUAUUUUUCAGUUUAUAUUAUAAUUUUAAGUUUGCACAUGUUAUUUACUAAUUUUAAUCAUUCCUAUUUAAAAGUAAUGGGAUUAAUAGGAGGAAUAAAUUUGGGACUCAAAGUAUUGUACAAGAAUAUUUUAUAAUAAAUAUAAAAAGAAAUUUUACAAAUUUUGUUUAAAAAAUAUA